ACAACUGUGAAUGCAGCAGGGCAAGCAGUCGCGUCGAGCGCAGUCCAUUGGCUUCCCGGUGCUGCCGCUAAAGUCCCAACCCUGACUGUAGCGCCUCGCCAGCGUUCCUCCGCAGCUGCUGGUGCCGCCGCCGCUCUCUUCCCUCCCCCCCCCCCCUUUCAAUGGUGUGGGCAGAGUGGGAUGGAAGACCGCACUGGGAGUCUUUUCACGGAAAUGGUCUUUGCUGCCGGUGCUGCCGUAGCACCAUACCGGUGACAACAACAUGCCGUUGAAAUGGAAAAGCGGUUCUCCCGUCAGCUGGAAAUUCCCAGUGCCAGUUCUUAAGACAUCCAGGUCCUCACCCCUGUCGCCUGCCUACAUCCACCAGCACUCCUUUAUGGUGUGGACAACCCACUCUCUCCUCGCUCCGGCUUACCACCUGACGGGAUCCCUCGUGGAGGACGACGACCCUCACAUGAAAGUCGCUCUAGGCUACGGUGAAAUGGGCAUCCCUGCUCACCUUCAGGCAUCAAAGACGGGAAACACUCGAUUUUUCACAAGCAAUACGCACAGCUCUGUUGUUCUUCAGGGAUUUGAUCAGCUGAGAAUAGAAGGCUUGCUGUGUGACGUGACGCUGGUUGCUGGGGACGGCGACGAAGCUUUCCCCGUUCAUCGCGCCAUGAUGGCCUCAUCCUCCGACUACUUCAAAGCUAUGUUCACAGGUGGAAUGAAGGAGCAGGAUUUGAUGUGCAUCAAGCUCCACGGGGUAAACCGGAUAGGCCUCAAGAAGAUCAUCGACUUUAUCUACACGGCAAAGUUGUCGCUCAACAUGGAGAAUCUGCAAGACACACUUGAAGCUGCCAGUUUCUUACAAAUCCUUCCCGUGUUGGACUUUUGCAAGGUUUUUCUCAUAUCUGGGGUUUCCCUCGACAACUGCGUCGAGGUGGGCCGAAUCGCCAACGCGUACAACCUGACCGAGGUGGACAAAUACGUCAACAACUUCAUCCUGAAGAACUUCCCGUCCCUACUGGGCACCGGCGAGUUUGUCAAGCUGCCGUUCGAGCGGCUGGCCUUCGUGCUGUCCAGCAACAGCUUGAAACACUGCACCGAGCUGGACUUGUUCAAGGCCGCCUGCCGCUGGCUGCGCUACGAGGACGGCCGAAUGGAAUACGCAGCCAAGCUCAUGAAGAACAUCCGCUUCCCCCUCAUGAACCCGCAGGAGCUCAUCAAUCACGUGCAGACGGUGGAUUUUAUGCGCACGGACAACACUUGCGUCAACCUCCUCCUGGAAGCUAGCAACUACCAAAUGAUGCCCUACAUGCAGCCGGUGAUGCAGUCUGAACGGACAGCCAUUCGCUCGGACAGCGCCCACCUGGUCACGCUGGGCGGCGUUCUGCGCCAGCAGCUCGUCGUGAGCAAGGAGCUGCGGCUCUUCGACGAGAAGGCGCACGAGUGGAAGGCGCUGGCCCCCAUGGACGCGCCGCGCUACCAGCACGGCAUCGCGGUCAUCGGCAACUUCCUGUACGUGGUGGGCGGCCAGAGCAACUACGACACCAAAGGAAAGACGGCGGUGGACACGGUGUUCCGGUACGACCCUCGCUACAACAAGUGGAUCCAGGUGGCGUGCCUUAACGAGAAGCGGACCUUCUUCCACCUCAGCGCGCUCAAGGGACAUCUCUAUGCCGUCGGUGGGAGGAACGCGGCGGGAGAGCUUGCUACUGUGGAGUGCUACAACCCAAGGACAAACGAAUGGACUUAUGUCGCCAAAAUGAAUGAGCCACACUACGGCCACGCUGGGACGGUCUACGGUGGUUACAUGUAUAUUUCAGGAGGCAUCACUCAUGACACUUUCCAGAAGGAGCUGAUGUGCUUCGACCCGGACGCGGACAAGUGGACGCAGAAGGCGCCCAUGACGACGGUGCGCGGCCUCCACUGCAUGUGCACGGUGGGCGACCGGCUCUACGUGAUCGGGGGCAACCACUUCCGCGGCACCAGCGACUACGACGACGUGCUCAGCUGCGAGUACUACUCGCCCGCCCUCGACCUGUGGACGCCCAUCGCCGCCAUGCUGCGAGGCCAGAGCGACGUGGGCGUGGCCGUCUUCGAGAACAAGAUCUACGUGGUGGGCGGCUACUCGUGGAACAACCGCUGCAUGGUGGAGAUAGUCCAGAAAUACGACCCGGAGAAGGACGAGUGGCAGAAGGUGUUCGACCUGCCCGAGUCGCUAGGCGGCAUCCGGGCCUGCACGCUCACCGUUUUCCCCCCCGAGGACAUCUCGGGCUCGCCCUCCAGAGAGUCGCCCCUCUCGGCGCCUUGAUAAACGAAGAGGGGGGGGGGGGGCUCUGCUCCGUUCAAACCCCCUUCAACCUUCCCCCAUGCAAGCGUUUCAAUAAACACUCCUUAAAGACA